UCCACUGUUUCAGGUCGCUCAUCAGUGUGGACUGCACCACAGAGGCUGCACUUACUAUGAUCCACCAACGACUAAACAAGUCAACAUGGGCCAGCUGCUGUCAUCUGAAGAAGACCUCUCCAGAAUCAAAAGAGCCAUUGGCGCACUCCUAUACCGGACCAUGCUGGUGGGCGGAGCCAUACCUGACCUAGGUGUGGUGCACCCGCUGCUGCUCACCAAUCAGGAUGAGGACUGCAGGUCCCGCCUCCAGGAACAACUGCUGCAGCUGCAGGGCAACAUUGGCAACAAAGCGCCCACCUACCUGAGGGAUCUGAUUGGACGGCUGUCUUCAUUCUCCGAUGAGCCCCGCCUGGCCGGCCUAUUGGGAUUGGCGGUUACCAUGGUGAUGGACAUGCUCUACAUGUCAUUCAAGCAGUCCUCUGGGGGGAAAGUGAAGGCGGCGGGGUCGUCAUCGUGCCAGAGAGUGUGGGAGCUCCAGGAGGUCAUGGAGGAGUACUUGAAGCGCUGUAGGAUCAACCUGAGCGAUAAGACUCGAUUGAUCCAGGACUCUUUGAGACUGGAGGGCCAGCUUAGCCUAGGCCUGACCCAGCUGAAGACCUGUCUGCUUGGGGGGGAUUGCGACUCCAGGUCUUUGCGGUUCUGGGCCAGCGGAGCGGCAUUCCACACCCAAAUGUUGGUUCACUUGGCUGGGAUGGAGGGGCGGGAAGAGCCCCUGGCGGCAAGGGCUGUGCUGGAGCAAUACAAGGAGGAUCUGGCACAGAUUGUACCCUCUUUCAGGCGUUUUAAGUCGAACACAGUGGGUGUUGUGAAAAGUCGAGGUGGUCUUCCCCUGCCUUGCGAGGGACCCGAGGAAGGAGCCAUGACCGGAAUCACGCUGACUGACAGGGAGUCGGGAAAGAGUGCGAGCGUCACCCUCGCUGCCAUGCAGGCCGAGAUAGCUCCUUUGUCCCCCUCUCUUAACCUGGACGUGGUCACCUCGGACCGGUACGCCCAGGCCUACGUGGAGCAGCUCUUCUCUGAAGAAGGACCCGUGGCAGAGCUCAAGAACUACUUCAACAAGGCCAGCGAUAAACUAAGAGGGCUCAGAACCGGACCUCCGGGUUGCCCAUCUGUGGCAUGUGACGGCAAAGAGACGGGACGGUGUCCUCGUGUCCCUGCUGAGGGAAUGCAUGAAGGACACGCAUCAGAAAAAGGCGAGAGAGAAGAAGAUUUGAAGUUGAGUAUUGUAGAAACACAGAUGAUGUAAUACCCCUAAAGUUGUAAUACUAUACAGUACUAUAAUAAUACUUUACCAAACUGACACGUGAUUACCUUGUUUACACGUGAACAUCCAUUCCAGACCAUCAGGUUUAACAAAUACCAUCAUUUUAUUAUUAUUUCAUUAUUUGGAUCACAGAAUGGUACACACAGUAUUUAUUA